GAUUAUUGUUUUUGUUUUUCUUUUGUAAACGUUAUUCUUUCAUUUUCCCUCUCAGGGUUUUAUUCCCUCUGCAAGCAUAAUGACUGUUUCUUGGAUCUUUUUGGUUUUGGAGGCUUUUCUUCUGGUCGAAGUGAACUUGGCUCUGAUGAGCAGCAAAAAAGCAAACCAUUCACUGUCGAAAGUCAUCUCUCUUCAAACUAUGGCCGAGACAACUCUGGGCAGCCGAGGAGGAAUCCUUGUUGGAGCGGUUUACGUGCUCCUCACAUAUGCACUUAUAGUGGCCUACAUUUCCAAGUCAGGCGAAGUUCUCUCCCUGUUAUUUCACGUCCCAAGACAGAUAGCGGAAGUUUUGUUCGUCGGCGUAUUUGGAUAUUUGCUUCUCUCUGGCGGAACCAAACUCGCUGACCGAGCCAAUCAGUUCAUGACUGCGGGACUGAUAGGGCUCUUUCUCUUGCUCGUCAUUGGAGGCUCUAAAUAUGGAGACUGGGCAGCUCUUUUGCAUCAGAACUGGAACACGGCUCCAGAGGCUAUUCCCGUUAUUUUUCUGGCUCUGGUUUACCACGACUUAAUUCCAGUCAUUUGCACAUAUUUGGAUGGCGAUGUAAGGCGGAUACAGACGUCGGUUAUCGUCGGCAGCGCGAUACCUCUGGCCAUGCUUCUGUGCUGGAACGCUGUAGCUCUUUCUCUCGCUUCUACGUCUGGGAAUGCGGAUCCUCUAAGUCUGGCUAUUCAGACCUCCUUCGCUGUGCAGCUCUUUUCUCUUCUAGCCGUGCUAACAUCCAUAAUUGGCUCCGUGCUCGGAAUGUCCGAGUUUUUCAUCGAGCGGCUUGGGAAGUCCAUCGCCAUCUUACUUCCAGGCGAAACAUUCUUUGAUGAUGCAACGUCCCCGAGGCCAGCGCAUAUAAAACUCGUCUCGGUGGCAUUGGUUCUCGUUCCUCCUCUCCUGCUCUCACUAAGUAUCUCAGACGCCUUCUUCACAGCUGCAGACCUGGCGGGGGGAUAUGGCAUGACCACGCUCUAUGGUGUUCUUCCACCUGUAAUGGCGUGGGGACUGGCCAAAGAAUCUGGAAACUCCCAGUAUCCUGGCGGAAGAAACUGGAUCACAAAGCGUGGAACCUUGGCGGUUACAGGCGUAUGUGCUUGCGGGAUCAUAGCAGGCCAGCUGAUUCUCGACUUAUCAUGACUCCAACGGCUUGGCAUGGGUGAUCCGUGACUCUUGGCUGUCCCACUGUUUUUAGUCAGGCAAGCACGCAUAAGGGCCUUAGGAAUGACCCUAUCCAUCGGGAUUCUUUUACAUUCUUUGUGGUGGCGAACACACACACACACACAAGGUUUGGUCUCUUUCCUUGGUAUAAAUUCCUUUCUCCUCUGUCAGGGAGAAACAAACAAACGCGUAAACUGCGCGCAGCUUUUUCUCUCUUUUUCGCUACUUUUGUGUGUGGCGUUCUCGCAUGAAGCUGCUUGGUCCUCGUCUCCGGUUCUCUCAGUAAGAAAACCCCCAGAUCCAACUUUUUUUUUACUUUGUUUUCUUGCGGUUCUUCAUUCGCUGUCCUGGGGAAAGAAAAAAAUCCUUUCAUCUGCGGUGCACUGCACUGUGAGCUCUGGAGCUCUGGAGCUCUGAGUUGAGUUGAGUAGCAUUCUUCUACAAGACAAACAUAUGGAGGCACAGCGUUUUCAAGUUUAGCUCCAAUCACACACAGGAUUUAAGCGCCCUCUGAAAAGUCACAUGUGUUUUUUAGAACUGGUGUACGAAGAACAAACUAAUGUAAGACUCUUUCACACGCAAGGGGGUAACUUCCAAAAAGAUUACCUGGUU